CUGACUUAUCCCAUCGAAAUCAUCAUUCUCUUCUACCUGCAAUUUCACUCUGCAUCAUCUCCUCAUUUCUUCAUCCAAAACCCUUGCCCUCCCCCAUCCCUUUAGAUAACAGAAAGAAAAGUACAGUCAGCAUGAGUGAAGUGAAUCACCAAAAAAUCAAGACCAACGGGAUAUGGAUGCACGUAGCUGAACAAGGGACAGGGCCGCUUGUUCUCCUGCUCCAUGGCUUCCCAGAAAUUUGGUAUUCAUGGCGCCACCAGCUCAAUUACUUGGCACAACAAGGUUACCAUGCAGUUGCUCCUGACCUGAGAGGCUAUGGUGAUUCUGACUGUCCUCUCAACCCCGAGUCCUACACAGCCUUUCACCUCGUGGGAGACCUUAUUGGUCUCCUUGAUCAUUUCGGUGAACACCAGGCAUUUGUAGUUGGACAUGACUGGGGAGCAAUGGUUGGAUGGUAUCUGAGUCUGUUUAGGCCUGACAGAGUCAAGGGGUUUGUUGCUCUAUCAGUUCCAUACUUUCCAAGAUCUCCAAUCAUGAAGCCAGUGGAAGCUAUCAUUCAGAAAUUUGGGGAUCGGCAAAUUCAUGUCUCCCAGUUUCAGAAGCCUGGUCGAGCAGAGAGAGCUUUCGCCAGAUACGACUGUCUGACGGUGAUGAAGAAGUUCUUGUUGACUAAAGCGGAGCUUCUAACAGCUCCUGAAGGCAUGGAGCUUGUUGAUUUCUUGCCAACGCCAUCGGUUUUGCCUUCAUGGAUAAGUGAAGAGGAACUGCAGAUCUUUGCUGACAAGUUUCAGGAAUCAGGUUUCACUGGCCCUCUCAAUUACUACCGUGCAUUGGACCUGACGUGGGAGCUUCUCGCACCGUGGCAAGACGCAAAGAUCACAGUUCCUACCAAGUUUAUAACUGGAGAUAAGGACAUUGGUUUUGUUAGUGGCGGAACAAGAGAGUAUGCGCAAGGGGAAAUGUUCAAGAGCCUCGUCCCUGACCUUGAAGUGGCUAUCAUAGAAGGCCACCAUUUUAUCAAUCAAGAACAGGCACAAGAAGUCUCCGCUGAAAUCCUUUCUUUCAUUCGUAAACAAUCUUUGCAGAGCAAUGCGUAGACUUUCCUUAAUUUGAGCGAAGCGUUGCAGACAGAAAAUUCAUCAGUAUGCCCUGUCAUGCACAAUAAUUUAACUUUGAUGGGUCUAGGCCCAUUACGUAAUAUCAGUGGACAGUUUCAUUAAA